AAAAGUAUUAUGACAUUGAAUACUAUCAGAUAACCGAAACAUCCAAAAAGCUUUCGGCCAUUAACAUGACUCAUGAGUACCCAUCAAAUAUAUUAAAAACUAUUCACAAAUUGCAAUAAUACAUUGUUAUUAUAAUUUAAUAUUUUUAUUUUAGCAGUCAAAUAUGUAUCGACGACACGAGUCGCUCAUCAGUCAGGUGACCAAAACAGCAGAUGAUGUGCCUGUGAUCGUGACUAGAUUGGCGAGCACGGAAAAGAACGACAUUGAUUACUAUCCUUUUUCACAAGUACUGCGAAUACGUGUCCUACAGAUCGUUUGUGGCAUACUUGCAGUUGUCAUGGGUAGCGUGGCUUGCAUAGAAGAGAAAGGUUCAUUUGGCAACCUCGGGCUGGGCAUACCGACCGGACUCAGUACUGUACUCGCCGCAGCAUCCAGUAUCCACACCAGCCGUUUGUUCAGCGGGUACAGGGACACGCUGAUGUCGUCGUCCGGCAAUCCUAGGGUCUCCUUGCUCCGCCUCUUGGGGCCCACCACGCAGUCGGCAAUCGCCGUCGGCAUUUUCUGGUUGCUGGCCCUCGCGCUCAACGCGGUCCUGUUCACGCGGGCCGGACUUACGCUGUUCAACUACGACGGUUCAGCCAGCUCUAACCCGACGUUGUUUUGGAUGGCCAUCGUUCAUCUGACGUUGACGUCUCUCGUCCUGUUCGCGGUGGGCGCGAUCGCCUGGCUGGACUGCCACCACGACCCGGACUGACAAGCGCUGUACACGGGCAGUCGUUCCGCUGAUCCACCGAUGUCGUCCCGGCCGACGACCAGCAGCUCGGUGACCAUCAGCAUGACAACGUUCACGCCCGACCCGCAAUCGUCGUCCGUCGGUCAUCGGCUCACGCCCGGCCCCAGCCUGUUGGUCAGGUCCUGUUAGCGCGGCCACUGCACGCCCCGGAAUUCCGUUUUCCGGAUACCAUCGCUGCGAUGACGAUUAUAAUAAUAUAAUUAUAGUGAUGAUAUUAUUAUGUCGACCGGGGCAACAUUCGCGGGACGAGACCGGCCGACGAUAGUGUCACGGGAACGAAUAAACUUUGGUCAUUUGU